AUGCAAUCCAACUAUGUGAUCGCGAUCAUUGUGAUCAUCCUGUUCGUGGUGCUGGCGAUAGUGGGUUAUGCCAUCUAUGCGGUCCAGAACCGACAAAAAGUGCGGUUCAAACUUGACGACGACGACGACGACGUCGAGAACGACCCUAAUCCUCCCCCUCCGCCCCAGGCCGAAGCGGAAGAGGAAGAAGAAGGCGAAAGAAGCAUAUCUGGUUUAUUGCGGUUUGAAGAUGAGCGAGACUCUUGGUUUUGA